AGAGAGAGAGAGAGAUAGAGAGAGAGACUCUUGAAAGAGGUAAACUUUAACGCUAACUCCACUGGGACAAGAGGCUUCUCCUGCCCAGGCUUCUUGAGAGACACUUUUUUUUGCCCGGGAAAGAAGGAAAGGAAGAAAAGAGGAAAGAAGUAAAACCCGACUCUCCAAAAUGGGAGGUCAGUCCAUGCUGACUCUUGCCAUCCUCUUUGUGCUGCUUUACCAUUGCCAGGUGCGCUGCUCCGGGGUGUUCGAGCUGAAGCUGCAGGAGUUUGUCAAUAAGAAGGGGCUUCUGGGGAACCGCAACUGCUGCCGCGCGGGGAGCGGCGGCCCCGGCGCCGGGCUGCAGCAGUGCGACUGCAAGACCUUCUUCCGCGUGUGCCUCAAGCACUAUCAGGCCAGCGUAUCCCCAGAGCCGCCCUGCACCUACGGCAGCGCCAUCACCCCGGUGCUGGGAGCCAACUCCUUCAGCGUGCCCGACAGCGCCGGCGGCGCCGAGCCCGGCUUCAGCAACCCCAUCCGCUUCCCCUUCGGCUUCACCUGGCCCGGCACUUUCUCUCUCAUCAUUGAAGCUCUUCAUACAGAUUCUCCUGAUGACCUCAACACAGAGAACCCAGAGCGCCUUAUCAGUCGGCUGGCCACACAGAGGCAUUUGACAGUGGGGGAGGAGUGGUCCCAGGACCUGCACAGCAGUGGCCGCACUGACCUCAAGUACUCCUACCGCUUUGUGUGUGAUGAACACUACUAUGGAGAAGGCUGCUCUGUUUUCUGCCGGCCCAGGGAUGAUGCCUUUGGCCACUUCACUUGUGGAGAGCGUGGAGAGAAGGUCUGCAACCCAGGCUGGAAGGGCCAGUACUGCACCGAACCAAUUUGCUUGCCUGGAUGUGAUGAACAACAUGGGUUUUGUGACAAACCUGGAGAAUGCAAAUGUCGGGUUGGGUGGCAAGGGCGUUAUUGUGAUGAGUGCAUCCGAUACCCAGGCUGCCUUCAUGGUACCUGCCAACAACCGUGGCAAUGCAACUGUCAGGAAGGCUGGGGUGGCCUUUUCUGUAACCAAGAUCUUAAUUACUGUACCCAUCAUAAGCCUUGUAAGAAUGGUGCCACUUGUACCAAUACUGGCCAAGGAAGCUACACUUGUUCUUGCCGUCCUGGGUACACUGGUUCCAACUGUGAGAUUGAAAUCAACGAAUGUGAUGCCAACCCCUGCAAGAAUGGUGGAAGCUGCACCGAUCUUGAAAACAGCUAUUCCUGUACCUGUCCACCUGGCUUCUAUGGUAAAAACUGUGAGCUGAGUGCUAUGACUUGCGCUGAUGGCCCAUGCUUCAAUGGAGGGCGAUGCACAGACAACCCUGAUGGUGGAUACAGCUGUCGCUGCCCAUUGGGUUACUCAGGGUUUAACUGUGAAAAGAAAAUUGAUUAUUGCAGCUCCAGUCCUUGUGCUAAUGAAGCCCAGUGUGUUGAUCUUGGAAAUUCCUACAUAUGCCAAUGCCAGGCUGGUUUUACUGGAAGACACUGUGAUGAUAAUAUGGAUGACUGUGCCUCCUUUCCUUGUUUGAAUGGUGGAACCUGCCAAGAUGGAAUUAAUGACUAUUCUUGCACCUGCCCCCCAGGAUACAAUGGAAAGAACUGUAGUACUCCAGUCAGCAAAUGUGAACACAACCCUUGUCACAAUGGGGCUACUUGCCAUGAAAGAAACAACCGUUAUGUGUGUGAGUGUGCUCGGGGAUAUGGUGGACUCAACUGCCAGUUUUUGCUCCCUGAACAGCCUCAGGGACCUGUAAUUGUUGAUUUCACUGAGAAGUACACUGAAGGUCAGAAUGCACAGUUUCCUUGGAUUGCAGUAUGUGCUGGGAUUAUUCUGGUCCUGAUGCUAUUGCUGGGGUGCGCUGCUAUUGUUGUCUGUGUCAGACUCAAAAUGCAAAAGAGGCACCAUCAGCCUGAUGUAUGCAGGAGUGAAACAGAGACCAUGAACAACUUGGCCAACUGCCAACGCGAAAAGGACAUUUCAAUAAGUGUCAUUGGUGCCACUCAGAUUAAAAACACAAAUAAGAAAGUAGACUUUCACAGUGAUAACUCUGAUAAAAAUGGCUACAAAGUUAGAUACCCAUCAGUGGAUUACAAUUUGGUGCAUGAACUUAAGAAUGAGGACUCUGUUAAAGAGGAACACAGCAAAUGUGAAGCCAAGUGUGAAACAUACGAUUCAGAGGCAGAGGAGAAAAGUGCAGUACCACUAAAGAGUAGUGAUACUUCUGAAAGAAAACGACCAGAAUCAGUAUAUUCCACUUCAAAGGACACAAAGUACCAGUCGGUGUAUGUCAUAUCAGAAGAGAAAGAUGAAUGCAUCAUAGCAACUGAGGUGUAAAACGGAAGUGAUAUGGCAAAGUUGUUCAAAACAAUUUCAAAGGAGAUAUGCCCCAAUGAAUGCUGCUGAAAGAGGAAAGGGAGAUAGAUUCCUUCACUGACUGCUGCUGAAAAACUAAAUUCAGGCUGAGCUGGUUCUCUACUGAAAUUAGCGAAGUGACUGCAAAAAAAACAAGAUGGACACUAGGCAAGGAUCUGUGUUCAAGAAUAACUGUUGCACUGCCUUUAUGAAUUUUAUCAUUGCACUAUGGUCAGUUGCUUUUCUAUAUAUAUUUAAAUGAAGGGACUUAAUUACUACAUAAGAAGCAUGCACUGCGUGAAGUGUGUAUUUUGGAUUCUUACGAGCCAGUCUUUUCUUGAAUUAGAGACACAAACACUGCCUUUAAUGUCUUUUUUGAUACUAAAACGUGUUUUUACUAGGUGAAAAAAAGUGUGUUAUUUUUUUGAAUCUGUAAAAAUAUUUUCAUGAUAAUUGUAAAGCUUGAGUAUUUUGUGAUGUUCUUUUUUUAUAAUUUAAAUUUUUUGGUAAAUAUGUACAAAGGCACUUCGGGUCUAUGUGACUAUAUUUUUUUGUAUAUAAAUGUAUUUAUGGAAUAUUGUGCAAAUG